GAGAGGAAAGUAGAGGAAAACCUUUGUUGUUAAUUUUCUUUGUAGAUAGCUAGAUGCAGCAACUGAACCUUUAUCAAAUCUUUUUCAUAUAAUUCAUAAUGUUUUAUGUUACAAACUGUGUUUUGAAAAAGUCGUCUCUGUUCUGACUAGGUCAUGGCAAUUCAGUUAUUUCAGUUUACAAUGUGAAAUCGUUUAGUUAAGUCGUCUUACAAUGGCUGAACAGUAAAGCUCACAUCAGGAUGUCAUCGGUGGGUCAGCUGGUGCCCCAGGUGACACGGAGCCCGAACAACAGCACAGUGCGCUUCAAUGGGCCCCAUAUUGAAGGCUCCUUCUGUUCUCUCAUCAACUACAACUACGACCCUGCCAUCAGUGUCAUAUGCGCCAUGUAUAUUGUUUUUGGCAUUGUGUAUACACUCUUUGGUUAUAGAUGCUUUAAAGCCAGCAUGUUCCUGACGGGUUUCACUUUUGGUUCAGCCAUAGUCUACCUCAUCUGCCUUCAAGAGUAUCUGAUGCCAGCUUAUGGCAAUGUUGGUGUGGCGAUGUCCGCGGGGCUGUUGUUCGGUCUCAUCACGAUGUUGAUCCAGUACGUGGGUCUGUUCGUGACCGGCUUCCACACGGGUCUCCUGCUAGCCGUGGCCGGCCUCGCCAUAUACGAUCACUUCCUGGAAGCCAGAAGCCACACCUACUGGCUGUGCGUGGUAGUCCUGCUCGCGUCCGGCAUCUUCUUCGCGGUCGUCAACCUCUACUGGAAGAAAGUGCUGACUAUCUUCGGUACUAGUGUGUACGGCGGCGCGGUGAUCGCUACCUGUCUGGACUACUUCCUCGAGAGGAUGCUCAUGCUGAAGUGGGUGUGGGAGCGCGCGCGGCUGGAGGCGGUCCGCAGCCCUCCGUGCCGCCUGUCCUGGUUGUCGCUGGCCGUGUGGCCCGCCGCUACGCUGGUGGGGUUGGUGGCGCAGGCGGUGCUCACGGCGUCCGCCAUACAUCACACUCAAAGUCUGCGGGCCCAGAAGCGUCGCCUCCAGGGCCCGCCCACCCGCGACCAGCGAGCCGAGAUGAAGCAGCGCAAGUACCGCUACCUGUACCAGGUGCGGACCGCGCACGGGGACGUCAUCUCGCAGUCCUACGUGCAGGCCCUGCAGAAGAAGGCGCACUGCGGCAACUGGGCGGCGGCCGGGGCCGGGGCCGCGGCGGGGGGAGAGUGCAGCACCCUGCAGAGUGACUCUACACACCUAACCGUGCUGGCCCCGCACACGGACACCGACGACGACCUGGAGCAGAUCCGCCCCGCACACUAACCCCCCGCCGCCGCCUCACCAUCACUGCCAUAUCGUUUAGCGCCGACGGGAUCCUGUCCAUCAUCAGGGCGAGUUCUAUACAACUCCGACAUUCCUCUCUCCGUAUUUAUUGUCUUUAGAUUUUUAUGUGUCAGACUGUUUACAUUUCGUUAUAUUAUGUAUUGACACAGUAAUGUAUUGUAAUAGUCAUGUAACUAGCUAGUGUUGUACGCGGUAGUGUUGACACGUCGUCAGUCAGUCAGUCAGUCAGUCAGUCAGUGAGUGAGUGAGUCAUGUUAUGUUUUGGCCAAAGUAUAUUUUAGUUGUUUCUUCUCUGAGAGCUCUAUUUGUUUAUUUUGCUGCAUAUGAUGCGCGCUUGUGUUUGCUCGUCAGUCUGUAUGUCUGUCCGUCUCUCCCUCGGGGAAUGUCCGCUCAAUCUCUAGUCGAUGACGUAGAGUCAGUGUCGGUGAACACUCCACACGUCCGACGUGUCUCUGUUCACUGUUCACUGUCCAUUGUUCUUGUUCUUAUAAAGUGUAUGUUUUUUAUUAUUCGCUGUUGUUAUUUUGUUUGCUUUUAUAAUAUUAUUUUUUUGUCUUUAUAUCACAGUGGGCGUGUCGUAAACUAUCCUGUACGUAUGUAAGUGUAACUUAUUCGUAGCUUAGUGUAACGUAGUGGCACUUUCGUCUCAUUCAUUAACUAUCAACUAUAUUUAUAUAUAUAUACAUAGUAAGCUUGGUGCACACCGCACUGUAUAUGAGCGUGCGUGUCGUUGGUUGUAUGUGUGCGCGUGAGUGUGUGCGCGCGCGCGUGCGCGUGUGUGUGUGUGUGUGUAUGUUGGAGGUCGCGUCUCGUCUGUCGGUCUGUUUGUUCGUUGUUUUAGUCGUUCGUUAUAGUUUGAUGGCAUUCACCAGUGCACAGUGACACGGAUCACUUGAACAUUAUGUAAUGACACGUAUCUUGGCGUGAGUACCGAUGACCCAGUGGACCUAUUCCACGUCAUGUGGAGGCGGGUCGUGCCGGGGCUCGUCGUAACUAGAUGUAAGACACCUACAUACUUACUGUAUUCACAUGCUCGUCUGUAACUGCGUGUCUGAGUCCUUGGUACGAUUGUUUUCACGCUAAUAUCUUGCUCACAGUAACUUUUAUAAAGGGAUGUUAAUCAGUGGCUCGAGGUCUCCGCUGUAGCAUCUGCAUGUGUGUGUGUAUGUAUGUAUGUGUAUGGGAGGGCGUGUCCUCACUCGAGUACACGCCCUCUUUAUCUAUAAUACAUUAAUGUCGCUAUGUACUACUAUAUGUGUUAGACAUAAACGACUCUUUUAAUUAUUGUGUUGUAAAUAUGUAUUCUGUCUCGAUGUAGUUUGUGAUAUCAACGAGGAGACAUCUACUAUAAGCUGUCGUUGGUACAAACAAGCUACUAUACUGUUACGAAAGGUAACGGCCAACGAAACCAGAUAAAAAAUGUAUACAAAUACCAAGACGCUCGACAAAAUUUUAAAGUUUGGUUUGUUGAACGCUGUAGGAGAGAGUUGAUGUAAAACAUUUUAUAAUAAGGAUCUAAUUAUAGAUAUGUAAAGAUUGUAACUAUCAUAUGAUUUAAAAUAUGAUCGGACAAGUUUAUAGAGAAACAAUAAAUAAUGAUAGUGCCGUUAUGAUGUACCUAGUAUAAGAGGAAGAGUAUUAAGGAGCGGCUAACACAAAAGGUAAUUAUAAAAAGGAAACGGUGAUAUAAUAAUAUAUAAUGUAUGAUAGGGAGCUAUGUGUUAAGUGAAGCGGAGUGAGCGCAUUUCAAAAAUGCCUUUUAGAUUACUAUACAAUUAACUUGUUUUUAAACUAAAUGUAUCUCUUCACUUUGAUAAUGCUAGUUUUUUUUUUUUGUUAUAUGAUAUCUUAAAGUUUAGGUGGUUCAGCUCCUCUCGUUUUCAUAGAAACAAGGAGCCAAUAUCUCUGGUUAUAUAGUUAUAUGCCAGUUAUUAUUUCGGAUACUUAGUGAGAUUGUUAUAUAAAACGGAGAAUAAUUAGGAACCGGUUUGUGUUUACAAUAUUUAUCUUGUUUCGUUGGCUACAUUAAGGUCGUGUAUUUUAGUCGUUUAGGCGCUGUCCCGUAAUUAAUUGUUCCCUGUAGCUAGAUCUACUUUUAAAGACGUAAUAUCCGUCUCAUUAAAAUUAAUAUUUUGGGAGUGUUUAUCGCCGAGCCCUCCCUUCCCGGACACAACGAAAGUGUAGAAUGUCUGUGAUGUUAUGUGAUACGAUAGGCAGGCCAUUACGGGACCGUUUCAUGUGAACUGACAACGGCCGAGACAGGUGACGGUGAGAAACAAAAUAAAAACAACACAUGUGAGAAUUUAUUGAUGUUUAAAAAGUAUUAUCGAUAUAAUAUAUAUACAUUAAUAUUAAAAUUGAUUAAGAAGUAGAUGUCUUAUAGGCUUCAUGUGGACGAGUGUGUGAGGUGAGUGUACACGUGUAGACACACUCGCCAGGCGGUUCACAGAGUUCGGUCUCAGAUUAUUAAUAUUAAUUAAAUUGAAGUGGAAUUUAUUCAUUUAGAUAUUUUGUAUUCAGUUUACAUUGUCGCUUGCAUUAUGUUAGGGGCCGAGUUGGGUUGCGUCUUGGAAACAUCACAUCCAUAGAGUUCCUAGUGCGGGGAUGACGAACGGACAGGUGUUUUAUUAAAUAAUCGCACAAAAGUAUUAAAUGAACUAUUUAAAUAUGCACAAAUGAUAUUGAAUUGAGAGUGAAACAAAUUUUAUCGAUAUUUUUUAAGCGACCCGAUCUCCCCGCACUAGCGACCGAGUAAGAUAAGAAGAAUUAGUAGUAGAUAUUUUUGGACUGUAGUCCUUUUUGCCAAUAUUAUUAUCGUACUACGAACGUUAUUUUAAUAAAUAAUUUGUUGUCAUCUC